GCGGCAGGCAGGACGAGCGCUUCACUCGCGCGGAACCCACGGAGGAGGCUCCCAGGGCUCUGGGUAUACUUGGGUCACUUGCACAUUGCACUGGUGGGAUCCCCUGCAACAUGAUUCAAAUCCAGCACCAAGAGUUAGUGAACUUGAAAGAUGUAGUUAUAGACUUCACCCCAGAAGAGUGGGCUCUGCUGGAUGCAUUCCAGAAAAUGCUGUUUAGAGAUGUGAUGGUGGAGAAUAUCAGUCAUCUGCUUUCAGUGGGCAGUGAAGUUGGCUUUAAAAAACAAGGAAUGCUCUCCAUGCAACAUGUCUGCAGGAAAGACACAUUUACAAUCACAGCAUUGAAGCCAAAUUUUAAUACUCAAGAGAAUGGAAUGUGUAGUGAAUUGCCAGAAGACUUUACUCAACCUGUAUUAAAUCACAAGAGAGAGAAAUCCUACUUCAGCAAUCUAUUUGGAAAACCCCUCAAUGAUCAGUUAUCUUUUAAUCAACAAAAGCAUUUUCACAGUAGAAGUAAAUCAUAUGAAUGUCUUCUAAUUGGUAAAUCCUUUGUUGAAAGCUCUGUCCUUACACAUUACAAUGAAACUUACAUUGGAGAGAAACCCUGUGAAUAUCAUCUGUGUGAGAAAGCCUCCUCUCAUAAUUCUGGCAUCAGAGUACAUGAGAGACCUAAUACUGGAGAGAAUCCUUAUGAAUGUCACCUACAUGAAAAAGCCUUAACUCUUUUCUCUACCUUGAGACAACAUGAGAGAACUCACAUUGGAAAGAAACCCUAUGAAUGUCAUCUCUGUGGGAAAGUCUUCACUCGAUGUUCUGCCCUUAGAGAUCAUGACAGAACUCACACUGGAGAGAAGCCUUAUGAAUGCCAUGUAUGUGAGAAAGCUUUCAGUCAUUUAUCUAACUUGAGACAACAUGAGAGAAUACACACUGGAGAGAAACCUUAUGAAUGUCAUCUAUGUGGGAAAGCCUUCAAUCGUUUCUCUAGCUUGAGAAAACAUGAGACAUCUCAUACUGGAAAGAAACCAUAUAAAUGCCAUCUUUGUGGGAAAGCCUACAGUUAUUUAUCUAACUUGAGACAACAUGAGAGAAUACACACUGGAGAGAAACCUUAUGAAUGUCAUCUAUGUGGGAAAGCCUUCAAUCGUUUCUCUAGCUUGAGAAAACAUGAGACAUCUCAUACUGCAAAGAAACCAUAUAAAUGCCAUCUUUGUGGGAAAACCUUCUCUCAGUGUUGUUACCUUAGAGUUCAUGAGAGAAUUCACACUGGAGAAAAACAUGAUUGUCUUCUGUGUGGGAAAGACUUUACUUAUCUCUCUUCCCUGAAACGACAUGAGAGAACUCACACUGGUGAGAAACCAUAUGGAUGUCUUCAAUGUGGGAAAGCCUUCACUCUAUAUAGUUACCUGAGACGACAUGAGAGAACUCACACUGGUGAGAAACCAUAUGGAUGUCUUCAAUGUGGGAAAGCCUUCACUCUAUAUAGUCACCUGAGACGACAUGAGAGAACUCACACUGGAGAGAAACCAUAUGAAUGCCAUCUAUGUGGGAAAGUCUUCGCUCACUGUUCUUCCCUUAGAAAACAUGAGAGAACCCACUGGAGAGAAACCUUAUGUAUGUCAUCUAUGUGAGAAGGCCUUCACCUGUUAUUCUAGACUUAGAGUACAUGAUAACACUCACAUGUAAGAGAAACACUAUGAAUGUCUUCUGUAUGGGAAAGCUGUCUCAAUAUGUUCAUCUGAGACAACAUGAGAGAACUGCCACUAAAGAGAAACCUUGUGAAUCUCAUCAAUGUUGGAAAGCCUUCACCCACACUUCUGGUUUUAGAAAACAUGACAAAAUGUCCAGGGGAAAGAUACCAUAAGAAUAUUAUCUACAUGGGAAACUUAGUUUAUUUUUGUAAACUUAGACAACAUGAUAGAAUUUGAAUUGAGUGAAACCUUAUGAGUGUUAUAUGUGAAAGGCUUCAGCCAAUGUUCAUUUAUUAGAUUAUGUGAGAGAACACAUACCAUAAAUGAUUUGAAUAUUGAAGGGAUUUCAGCCCUUGAGUUAUCCUUUAAACAUACAAGACAACUCAUACACUGAGGAAACACCAUUUGUAAUCAGUCUGAUAGAGUUUUAAAUAAUUCUUUCUACAUCAGUGUAAGCCAGUUCAUAUUGGAGGGAAUCAACAUCAUGUCACCUUCAUGGCAAAGAAUUUAGUAAGAAGGUCUGAUGAUAUACAAUUUUAGAGAACUCAUGUUAUACAUUUAAUGAAAGUUGGAGAGUCUUCAUCCUCAGCUCCUAUUGAUAGACAAAUCUUUACCAAAUGAAGGAGCUUCUUGAGGAAUUUCCAGGCACUUCAUGCUGGAGAUGUUAUUCAUGAAAAAUCACAAAAUUCUUUAAUUGUAUACCCACACUUGUAGGGCAAUUGAGAAUUCACACUUUAUAAAUCUCUUCUCAGUCUCAUGAAUGCAGGCAUGAAAUCAGUGAUUGCUCAUUACUUUAGCAUUAAUUUUCAUAUGCAGAGGAAAGAAAAAUCCUAAAAUCCAUUUGGAAACAUCUGCAACUUGAUUUCACAUCAGAUAAUUCAUAGUGGAAAAUGAAAUACUUUAAGUUGCCCAUUAGAACAAAAUUGAGCAGAAACUCAAGGUUUUGAACAAGACUUACUGUUGAUAUUAUGUAGGAUAACAGUACAAAUUGUGAAGUGAAAUGGGUAUACUGAGUUUUGAAUUUGUAAAAAGUAUUGUGAAGUGAGGUUAAUUCAUUGAUCAGUUCUUGUAUAUAUAUAUAAGCAACAAAUAUUGUUGCUGAAAAUCUAAUGUUUGCCAUAUUCUAAUUUUCUUUUUAAGCAGUUCCAGUCACAAAGAUUUGAAUCAAUCAGAAAGUAACUUGGAAUGAUAACUCAAAAAUCUGGAACACAGCAUUAUUACUCUUUACUAUUGUCUUGGUAUUACAAUAUAUAUGUUCAUGGCAAGGAUGAAUGCAAACAUUGAUAAAUAAAAACAGUUUACAACUCAA